UCCAUCUACACACAGAAACACAUACACACAGUCGUGUAGAGAGAGAAGCGAAACAGUGCAGAAGAGAGCGACAGCACAUGCAUUAUCCGAUCAUCAAAUCUCAGUUUAUAUUUCCAGAUUAAAAUAACAGGAAAUUAAAAUUGAGAGAGAUAAACAAUAAUGAGAGUGAAAUCGAAAUCAGGUGCCUGCAAAAAGGCAAUGAGAAAUCAAUAACUGCAAAACCUAGAGAGAGAGAGAGAGAGUGCGCGCGUGUCUGGGCUGUGUAGUGUGUAGAAGGGGGCAAACGACAGCAAAACUGCAGCAUUUGGUCUCUUCAAUCCUCAGCAUCUUCUUCUAUUCCUAUUCUCCCUAACCUCCUCUUGUCUCCCUCCUUUCAUCCCCUCUCUCUCUACCGCCGGAAAACAAUCCGAAUCGAGAAUACCUAAUCUGAGAAGAGAGAGGAGGGGAAAGGCGAUGAGAGCUGGUGAGAAAUCAUAGCCGUUUAUUUGAGCUGGAUUUGAAUUGAGAGGGCAAAUGAAGGCAGUAAAUACCGGCAGCGGAGCUCCGCCGCCGAACGCCUCCGCAGCUGAAGGUGAGAAGAAGAGCAUCAACGGUGAUCUAUGGCAGGCCUGCGCCGGACCACUGGCAAACCUGCCGGCGGCUGGGACUCACGUCGUCUACUUUCCUCAAGGCCACAGCGAACAGGUUGCUGCUUCCAUGAGAAAGGAUGCCAAUGCACAAAUACCAAGCUAUCCAAAUCUUCCCUCGAAACUCAUAUGCCUUCUUCACAACGUCACAUUGCAUGCUGAUCCAGAAACGGAUGAGGUAUAUGCGCAGAUGACGCUGCAGCCAGUGCCUUCGUUUGACCAGGAUGCACUGUUGAGAUCAGAUCUAUCGAUGAAAGUGAAUAAGCCACAGACGGAAUUCUUCUGUAAAACCUUGACUGCAAGUGAUACUAGCACACAUGGUGGUUUUUCUGUGCCUCGACGUGCUGCAGAAAAGAUUUUUCCUACUCUGGACUUUUCAAUGCAACCACCUGCGCAAGAGAUUGUUGCCAGGGAUCUUCAUGAAACUGUGUGGACAUUUCGUCAUAUUUUCCGGGGACAGCCAAAGCGUCACUUGCUUACUAGUGGAUGGAGCCUUUUUGUUAAUGCAAAGAGGUUGGUUGCCGGUGACUCGGUCUUGUUUAUCAGGGAUGAAAAACAGCAGCUUCUCUUGGGAAUAAGACGGGCUAAUAGGCAACCUGCUAACUUGUCAUCAUCAGUGUUGUCGAGUGAUAGCAUGCACAUUGGAGUUCUAGCUGCAGCUGCCCAUGCUGCUGCAAACAGUAGCCCUUUCACUGUGUUCUACAAUCCAAGGUCUAGUCCAUCAGAGUUUGUCAUCCCUCUAGCUAAGUACUACAGAGCCGCCUGCAGUAGCCAGAUAUCCCUUGGCAUGCGCUUCCGGAUGAUGUUUGAAACAGACGAAUCAGGGACAAGAAGAUAUAUGGGAACGAUAACAGGAAUCAGUGACUUGGAUCCGGUGAGAUGGAAGAACUCACAGUGGCGCAACUUACAGGUUGGUUGGGAUGAAUCCACUGCUGGUGAAAGACGUAGUCGAGUCUCCAUAUGGGAAAUUGAACCUAUUACAGCUCCAUUUUUCAUCUGUCCUACGCCUCCUUUCCUUCGCACAAAGUUUCCUAGGCAGCCAGGAAUGCCAGAUAAUGACUCGUCUGAUUUUGACAGUCUAUUUAGGAGGUCAAUGCCAUGGCCAGGUGAUGAGUUUGGCUUAAAAGAUUCGCAAGCACUGCCUGGUUUGAGCUUAGUCCAGUGGAUGAACAUGCAGCAAAAUUCCUCAAUGACUAACCCAACACAGUCAAACUACAUUAAUCAUUUACCUGGUUCUGUUCUGCAAAAUUUUGGUGGCUCAGAUAUUUCACGUCAACUAGGUCUGCCCAUGACUCAAGUUCCCCAUCAGCACAACCUACAGCACAGUGCACAGAGGCCGACUGAGUCAGUGCAGCAACAAGACCAGCUCAAAACAUCCACUUUAAACAAUAUACGCUCGACUAUACAGCCACAACAGCAGUUGACUGACGUUACUCAUUCACCUAGACAAAGUUUGGGUGGUCAAACUAUACCAACAAGCCAAGUCCAGUCCCAGAAUCCCAUUGAAUCUCAGAAUGUUUUGCAACAUCAACAAUCACUUCUCAGUCAUCAGCUUCAGAGAAAUCUCCCUCAAAAUCCGCAGCCGCAGCAGCAGCAGAUUAUGGCUCAUUCUCAACAGCAAAAUCUCGAUCAUACAAGCCAACAGCAGCAGCAGCACAUGUCAGAUAACCAAGUGAAGCUUCAACUUCUACAAAAGCUCCAUCAGCAACAGCAGUCACUCUUAGCACAACAGUCUGGACUUCAACAUUCUUCCCAUUUGACACAACUCCAAGACCAGCAGAAGCAGCUUCUUGAAACCCCACCAAACUUGUCGAGGACUAUGAAAACAAACCAAAUGUCGGAUUCCUCUCAAGCUUCCGGUAUGCAUUCUCAGUCACAUGGUACAUGUCAGCAGAUGGUAAGAAGUAAUAGCCAAUUUAAUCUACUGCGGUGCUCUCAGCUACCCCAGCAACCUAAACUCCAGCAACAACAGCAGCAAUCUGGAAUGCUAUCAGAUUUUUCUGGACAUGUCGGAGGUGCCUUAAAACCAAUAACCAAUCAGCUUUCUGCUAGAAGCAAUGGUCUAUUGACUGCAGCUACAGGUGGGUUCCAGGCUGCAGUUACUGAUGAUGUUUCAUCUUGUUCAACUUCACUGUCCACAAACAACUGUCGUAAUGCAGUUCAGACUGUAAUUAAUGGCAGAAACCACCAAUCCACAACAUUAGGGGAUGAGAUUGCUCAGUCUUCUGCCUCUCUUUUAAAUCCAAGUGGUCUAGAGCAGAUGUCUUCUAACGGUCACAUAGUAAAAGAUCUACAUCAGAAGUCUGAUGCUAAGCCCUCAAUGAAUGUUUUUAAAAAUCAGAACCAUGGAUUUAUUGGAUCACAGACAUUCCAUGAUGGUGCUGGAACUCAGAUAGAUUAUUUGGAUAGUUCUUCUUCAGUAACCUCAGUUUUUCCUCAGAAUGAAGGUCAGAUACCGCAAAACAACUCUAUGACUUUCAAUUCUCAGUCAUUGUUUUUUAGAGAUGCUAGCCAAGAUGGAGAAGUCAUCGGUGAUCCAAGGAGCAAUGUACCAUUUGGGACUGAUAUUGACAAUCAGUUAGAUAUGCCCUUGAUACUUAAUCCGUUGGUCACAAAAGACAUGGUAGGAUCAGGCAAGGACUUUACAAACAAUCUCUCUUCCGGAGAAGGCGUGCUUUCCACCUAUGAGAACCCCAAAGAUGCUCAACCUGUACCCUCUUCAUCAAUGGUAUCUCAGCCGUUUGGGGUGCCGGAUGUGGCGUUCAAUUCCAUUGAUUCCAAUGUAAAUGAUGGUGGCUUUGUGAAUAGAGGUUCUUGGGCCACACCACAUAUUCCUAGAAUGCGGACAUAUACAAAGGUAUACAAGCGAGGGGCUGUGGGCCGGUCUAUUGAUAUUUCGCAUUACUCAGGCUAUGAUGAGCUCAAGCAAGACCUGGCUCGUAGGUUUGGCAUAGAGGGACAACUGGAAGACCGGCAGAGAAUUGGAUGGAAACUAGUCUAUGUAGAUCAUGAGAAUGAUGUCUUGCUAGUUGGUGAUGAUCCUUGGGAGGAAUUCGUGAGUUGUGUACGUUGCAUCAAGAUUCUUUCUCCUCAGGAGGUCCAACAAAUGAGUUUGGAUGGUGAUUUUGGUGACAAUGUUCUUCCAAAUCAAGUUUGCAGCAGCUCCGACAAUGCUGUGAACUAGCUGGACUAAGGUUUUUCUCUACGUUCGAUGCUGAGGUUGCUAGUUCCAUAAGUAUGACUUCAUUUCCAUAUACAUUAUGCACUUUUAAAAGCUCCCAUCAUAGUAGACACUUUAUCUGAUUCAUUGGCUGAGAGAUAUCCUUGACCCGAUAACGACUAAGGUUUCCCGUGGAAAGUACGCAGGUGGGUCUAGAGUCUAGACUUUUACGAAAAGAGGCAAUGUGACUUGCAGUUGUAGGACAUUUUAUCAAGCCAUAAACAGAUCUAGCUGCUGGGGAUAUCUAUUGUGAGUUGUAAGAAUGGUUUUUUCCUUUGGUUUCCUUUGUUUAUUUCACUUGUAAAGAUUGACUCCUACAUAGUUUGUAUUUAGGAAAUGAGAGUGUUGGGGUAUCUAUAGUUGCUGCCUAUACUAAUGCUUUUCCAUAUAUGUAUAGUUUACAACUGUAAAUAAAACUCAGAUGCCACAUCAGCCUCAGUGAAGCUGAUAUAAACCGUGACAAUUUAUAUGAAUGUUCCCAUUUUAUGUUUUAUGUA